UCUCUCUCUCUCUCUCUCUUUCUCUCUCUCUCUUUGCUUUUACUACUCACCAACCCCCUCACCUUCCCCUUCUCUCCGACGACGAGAGAGAGAGAGAGAGAGCGAGAGAAUCGAGGGCUAAUGGCGGCGGCGGCGGCGAAGAUCGCGCCGUCGAUGCUGUCCUCGGAUUUCGCGAACUUGGCGGCGGAGGCGGAGCGCAUGGUCCGAUUCGGCGCCGAGUGGCUCCACAUGGACAUCAUGGAUGGCCACUUUGUCCCCAAUUUGACUAUUGGAGCUCCAGUUAUUGAGAGUUUGAGGAAGCACACAAAGGCAUACUUGGACUGCCAUCUUAUGGUUACAAACCCUUUGGAUUACGUCGAUCCAUUAGCAAAAGCUGGUGCUUCAGGCUUCACAUUUCAUAUUGAAGUAGCAAAAGAGUAUUGGCAAGAGCUCAUUCGCAGUAUCAAGUCAAAGGGCAUGCGGCCCGGGGUAGCAUUGAAGCCGACUACUCCUGUGGAAGAAGUUUUUUCACUGGUUGAAGCAGAAGAUCCAGUAGAACUGGUCCUCGUUAUGACCGUAGAGCCUGGUUUUGGCGGUCAAAAGUUCAUGCCAGAAAUGAUGGAAAAGGUGCGUGCAUUGAGAAACAAGUAUCCUGCCCUUGAUAUAGAGGUUGAUGGUGGCUUGGGUCCUUCGACAAUUGACGCGGCAGCUUCUGCAGGAGCAAACUGCAUAGUUGCAGGAAGCUCUAUAUUUGGAGCUACGGAGCCUGCGGAGGUCAUUAACAUUUUAAGGAAGAGUGUUGAAGGAGCUCAACAAAACUAAUUACGUAUACACUCUCUAGUGAUAAAACUAUGCUGUUUGUUAUUAUUAGGUACGAUAUAUAAGGCAUUAUUUAUACAAAUUAUUUGACGUUACGGCAUACACUGUCUUAUUAUAGAGUUGUUGAGAAAUGUCCCCUUGUGGGAUCAUACAAUACGUUAUCUUUGUUUGUGUCUUGUUGAAUGGAAAUGCCUUUUUAAAUGGAAACUGUGCUUGGUAUCCUUC